UAUAAAGACAAAUUUGACAAACAAAACCACAUAGUCUGAAAAAGUUUCAAGAAUAAUGGCUACUACUAGUACAAGCAUCCAGUGUCUUCUAUCUAUCAUCUUCCUUACUCUUGUUAUCAAAGGAUCCUCCAUAGGGUGUUCUUUGAACAACAUAACUAUUGGAACAACAAGAAGUGGGAGAGAAAUAAACAACACGCCAGAGUGGAACGUGGUUGUGACCAACAACUGUAACUGCAUACAGAGCCAAUUAACGUUGACCUGUACAGGUUUUAAGACUCUACAACCCGUUGACCCUUCGAUUCUUUCUGUCACAAAUGGUGUUUGUCUUCUCAUCAAUGGAAAACCCUUGCCUCCUUUUGGUUCUGUUAAAUUCUCUUAUGUUUGGUAUCCUCCUUUUGUUAUGUGGCCUAAAAGCUCUACCAUAGGAUCUUGUAACUAACACAGGUUCUAAAAUAGUGGUGUAGCUUGUUUCUGUUUGCUUUUAUCUAUGUUUAAACUUUUAAAUUUAUGAUCUGUUUGGAUAAAAAAUCUAUAAUAAUAAAUUAUUCCCACUAAUAAAUUACUUCUCCAUUUAUUUAAUUC